CCGCCUUCGCCGCGUCUGCCUUCCGGAUCUCCGCUCGUCCGGUCCGCGCCGAGGCACGGGGAGGAAGGAGCCCCGCAGCGACCCCGGUCCCGCCCGCACCCGCUCGGCCCGGCUCGUCAGCGCGGCGGAGGAGGCGGCGGCGCCCGGCAUGUAUCAGAGCCCGCGGCGGCUCUGCUCGGCCCUGCUGCUCAGGGACGCCCCCGGCCUGCGCCGCUCGCUCGCGCCCGGCCCGCGUCGCACGCUCGCCCCGCCGGUGCUCGGACCCCGGCCCGCGUCCCCGCGACUGCAGGCGGCGGCCUCGGGCGCCGCUAGGUCGCGUCCCCGGACAGUGAGUUCCAUGGGAAACGGCACGAGUAGACUCUAUAGUGCUCUCUCCAAGACACUCAGCAGCAGUGCAGCCGCUCAGCACCCCGAGUAUUUGGUGUCGGCUGACCCAGAACAUCUGGAACCCAUCGAUCCUAAGGAACUUCUUGAGGAAUGCAGGGCUGUUUUGCACACUCGGCCACCCCGGUACCAGAGGUGUUUUGUGGGCAUAAGGACAGAUUGCCUGAGUAGCUACCCUCCCAUUAGAGUCAUGCAGUGGAACAUCCUUGCACAAGCUCUUGGAGAAGGCAAAGACAACUUUGUACAGUGCCCCGUUGAAGCACUCAAGUGGGAAGAAAGGAAAUGCCUUAUUCUGGAGGAAUUCUUGGCCUACCAACCAGAUAUAUUGUGCCUCCAAGAAGUGGACCACUAUUUUGACACCUUCCAACCACUCCUCAGUAGACUGGGCUACCAAGGCACAUUUUUCCCCAAGCCCUGGUCACCAUGUCUUGAUGUUGAACACAACAACGGACCAGAUGGCUGUGCUUUAUUUUUCCUCCAAAACCGUUUCAAGCUCAUCAACAGCACCAAUAUCAGGCUGACAGCCAUGACCCUAAAAACCAACCAGGUUGCCAUUGCACAGACCCUAGAGUGCAAGGAAUCCGGCAGACAAUUCUGUGUUGCUGUCACCCACUUAAAAGCACGCACGGGCUGGGAGCGGUUCAGGUCAGCUCAGGGCUGUGACCUUCUCCAGAACCUGCAGGGCAUCACACAGGGAGCCAAGAUUCCCCUGAUUGUCUGUGGGGACUUCAAUGCAGAGCCCACUGAGGAAGUCUACAAACACUUCGCUUCCUCCAGCCUCAAUCUCAACAGCGCCUACAAGCUGCUGAGUCCUGACGGACAGUCGGAGCCUCCAUACACAACCUGGAAGAUCCGGACCUCAGGGGAGUGUCGCCACACCCUGGACUACAUCUGGUACUCCAGACAAGCUCUGAACGUCACCUCUGCUUUGGAACUACUCACGGAAGAACAGAUUGGGCCCAGCCGGCUCCCGUCCUUUCACUACCCCUCAGACCACCUGUCACUGGUGUGUGACUUCAGCUUUAAUGAGGAGCCUGAGGAACUCUUAUAAACACUGUAUCACUCUAAUCAUAAGAGUCUUAACCAGGGAUGUUUUGGGAAACUGAAAUAUGAUAAGUUGCCUGAAAAAGGACACCCAGUUUCUGCCACUUCCUUCUCCAUCGUUUCCAGCAUGCCCUUGGAAAAGAAUUUGUUCACAAACCUUUCCGAUUAAAACCUGCAGUGAAAAGGUGUUUGCACUCCAGUUUGGGCUUGUGUAUUAAUUUUCUAUAACAUUCUUCACUACUUAAGGGCAUUAAAAUUAGACUUCUUGUAAGUUUUUUGGUUUUUGUUUUUUUAACUUGAGGGUGCUAUAAAAACCUCAAUUUGUAAGCCCCUCAGUAAGUACAAUGUAAAAUGUAGAAAGUUUUCUAGAGAGUAUUUCAUUAUUUAUUUGUGGGAAUUUAAAAUGUCAGCAAGAAAUGCAUGGCAAUAUUUAUUUUUUAUAUCUUCAUGUAAAAUUAAGUGGAUUAUAUAGCAUUGUAGAAGCAGGAAUAGACAUAAUUUCCUUAAAACUUCCAAUUGUUUUUAUUUGGUGAUCUAACACUAAGGAACUAUAUUUAGCCCUGAAGGAUUUGUGACAAUCUUCAGAUAAUCCUUGCUGUUUGCUAUGCCUCCAAUUUACCGUUGUGUUUCUUGAAGAAAUGCCAGUUCAUUUUCAAUUAGUUUUUACCAUCUAGUCAUAGUUAAAUAAAGCAUUUGUACUUUCUGUUGUAUGGCAUUGGCACCCAUGCGAAGACUACUCCAUGACUUCUUUUGACAAGUAGCUUUAGGAACAGUCCUGGACCGGUGACUAAGAAUAAUAGUGAGAAUUCCUUCUGAGACGAGAACUCCAGAAAGCCCAUUUGUGUGAUCAAAAUCUCUGUAUUGGAGACCAGCUUGGGCUCAUAUCAAGACCCUUUUUCUUUUUUCUUUUCUCUUUGGUUUUUCAAGACAGGGUUUCUCUGUAGCUUUGGAGCCUGUCCUGGAACUAGCUCUUGGAGACCAGGCUAGCCUCGAACUCACAGAGAUCCGCCUGCCUCUGCCUCCCGAGUGCUGGGAUUAAAGGCAUGAGCCACCACUGCCUGGCGAAGACCCUUUUUCAAAAAAAAUCCCAAGACAGCCAAAAUGAUGGGGCUCGAAAUUUCUCAAAGAAUUUAAGAGCAGAAACGUUAACCUGUAGUUCUCUUCCGAUUGUUGCAGCCUCUCCUAAAAGUAACUGGUGAUAAAAUGUCAAAUGUUUUAAUGUAUGAGUUCUAAAUAUUAUUUAAGAUUAAUAAAUGAAUUUAUAACA